CUGCUGCAGACCCUGUCAGUGUGUUACCUGGAAGUUUGGGAAGAGGAAGCUGGUGUAACGAACAUGAUACGAUCCAUGAACGCUUAGAUAUUAUUGAAGAGAAGGUAAUAAAAACAGUGGAGCAUCUGGAAUCAGAAGUCAAGUCACUCCUCAACAUCAUCAGUGAAACAACAUCUAAUAUCCCCAUCGCUCCAGGAACCCCACUUAUAGACAUUUUGGAUGGUAAGUAACUAGUGGGCUAUAACCUAGUUGAAAAGUGUUGCAUGUGUUAUCACCAAAUAUGCCUUCUUUUCUCCCCCCAAGAUGUGAAGGAAUCCCUUCAGUGCAGAUACCAGCUGAGCACUGCGAAGACAGAAGACAUCUGA